AUGGUGGUCGACGCCCCUGCCAAACCGGUGCGCUUCGAGUUCAAAAACUGCUCCUACCGCGUGAAAGUGCGAUCGGAUGGACGGGGCCUGGGAAACACGCCCGCUUGCUGCGUCAAAACCAAGGACCGCUACCUUCUGCGCAACGUCUCUGCGUCGGUUUCGUCGGGCGAGGUCCUCGCCGUGAUGGGCCCGAGCGGCGCGGGCAAGACGACGCUGCUGCGCAUGCUCGCGCUCGAAAAGGGACCCGGCACUCCGUACGGGAAUGUGACUCUCAACGGCCACGCGUUCACGCGCACGGUCUACACGGCGCACGCGGCGUCGGUCGAGCAGGAGGACUCGCUCUGGGCCUUCCUCACCGCGCGCGAGCAGCUCGAGUACGCGGUGCGCCUCUCGCGGCCGGCGCUGCGCUCGGCCGAGCGCGCCGCCGCCGUCGACGAGCUGCUCGGCGCCCUCGGGCUCGAGUCGUGCCAGCACACGCGCGCCGGCAACGCGCUGGUGCGCGGCCUGUCGGGCGGGCAGCGGCGGCGGCUCUCGCUGGCGCUGGCGCUGGCCAAGGAGCCGCUCCUCGUCUUCCUCGACGAGCCCACCUCCGGACUCGACGCCGCCGGCGCCGCCGCCGUCAUGGCGCUGCUCAAGAGCGUCGCGCGCCGCGUCAACGCCGCGAUCCUCUGCACGAUCCACCAGCCCUCGUCGGCCGUCUUUGCCGGCUUCGACAAGACGCUCAUCCUGUCGGGCGGGCGGGCGGCGUACUGCGGGCCGGCGAGCGAGCUGGUCGGCUACCUCGCCUCGAUCGGCCAGCCCGUCCCCGCCAACACCAACCCGGCCGACCACAUGCUGUCGAUCGCAAACGCGGACUUCACCGACGCGAGCCUGGUCGAGGAGAUAAUCGCGCAGUGGAGCUCGAAGCAGCCUCCGCCGCAGACGGAGGAGGCCGACUGCGGCAGCGAGCAGCAGCCGGCGGGCGCGGGCGUGGCGACGCAGUUCGGCGUGCUGCUGCACAAGCACGGCCGGCUCCUGCUGCGCGACCCGAUCAUGUACAGCGCGCGGUGCGUCAUCUUCGUCGUCAUCUCGCUCUUCCUCUCGAUCAUCUACAUCGACACGCGGAGGCGCGACUCGCAGGAGCAGCUCUUUCCUCGGCUGUUCCUCGAGGCGCCGACGAUGGGCGCGCUCCCCGCAGCGGGGGCGUGGUGGAUCUCGAACAUCGCGCCCGCCCUCGGGCUGCUCCCCCUCCUCGCCCAGUUUCUCGACCUCCAGAUCCUCCGGCGCGAGCUGCGGGACGGCAUCUACCACCCGGCCGUGUACGCGCCGAUGAUGUUUGUGCUCGCCUUUGCCAACUUGGUUCCCGUCUACGCGGUCGCGGACUGGCCGUGGGAGACCCUCGGUCUGCAGUGCGUCAUCUUUGCGUUUACGCUCGCCGCCUUCGACUGCCUGGCGCAGGCGUGGUUCCUGGGCCUGCUCAUGAACGGCUUCAUGAUGCUGCCCGAGGACAUCAUCUGGCCGAUCCGCAUCUUUGCGUACGCUCUUCCUCUGCGCUGGCAGAUCCAGGGGUCCACCUACAUCCUCUGGGCGAUGGGCGACCAUACCUACGGCGGGACUGAGCGGUGUGUCUUCAACGCGACCGGCGAGGGCGAGUGUUCGCAGGGCUUCUUCUGCCCGGAUGCCCCGCCCACGUCCUGCUACGGCGAGACGGGGGAGGAGAUCCUCGACAGCUUCGCCGCAAACUACUCGUGCUUCACUUCGGAGAAUACCGUCGCGCUCUGCAUGCUCUACAUCCUCCUCUUCGCCCUCGUCUGCAAGCUCGUCUACGCGCUCGCCCUCUCCGCCGUGCGCGGUGGCAAGAUGGCACCGCCGGCCUCGAGCUCUCCGAACGACCUUGCGCAAAAUAAUGCCCAGUUACCUCUACGUAGUGCGUGGCGCCUCGCCGCCUCCAACGGCUACGCCUUCUCGCUGCCGUCGCUCGGCGAUCCGGGCGGCGGCGAGGCGGCCGAGGAGCAAGAGGGCGCCGCCGCCGCCGCAGUGGCGAGGGCGGCGGCAGCGGACACACCGGCCGCCGCCGCCGCCUCUGCCGCCGCCUCUGCCGGCGUGGACGGCUCGGGCGGCGAUUUGAGCGGUCUGCUCCUCGUCCUCGCCGUGUCUGCGAGCUCGUACGUGAUCAAGUACGGAGAGACGCUGCUGCCCGUGGUGGCGGAGGGCGACUCGCUGGCGGUGCUCGCGCCGCUGAUGGUGGUGGCGGCGACGGGCUUCAACUGCUGGAAGUGGUGGCAGCGCUCGCAGGAGGACCGCGACUUUGGCGGGCUGAUCUAG